UCGGCGUCGGGCGCUGCGCGGGCGGGCGGGAGCGGGCGGCAUGGCGUUCCGGCAGGCGCUGCAGCUGGCCGCCUGCGGCCUGGCCGGGGGCUCGGCCGCGGUGCUCUUCUCGGCCGUGGCGGUGGGCAAGCCCCGCGGGGGUAGCGACGCGGAGCCGCGCGGGACCGAGCUGUCGGCGGGGCCGGGACCCGCGCGCCCCCGGCCGGGCGUCUGGGACCCCAACUGGGACAGGCGAGAACCACUGUCCCUGGUCAACCUUCGGAAGAGGAGCUUGGAGUCGGGAGAGGAGGAGCUGCCAUCCAGGCUUGACCACUACAAAGCCAAGGCUACUCGGCACAUCUUCCUCAUCAGGCACUCCCAAUACCAUGUGGAGGCCUCCCAGGAAAAGGACCGCACUCUGACACCCCUGGGGCGGGAACAAGCUGAACUAACUGGUCUUCGACUUGCAAGCUUGGGAUUGAAGUUUAAUAAAAUUGUCCAUUCCUCUAUGACCCGCGCAAUAGAAACCACUGAUAUCAUCAGCAAACACCUUCCAGGUGUCAGCAGGGUUAGCACAGACUUGCUGAGGGAAGGUGCCCCCAUUGAGCCGGACCCACCUGUGUCUCACUGGAAGCCAGAGGCAGUGCAGUAUUAUGAAGAUGGAGCCCGGAUCGAGGCUGCCUUCCGUAACUACAUCCAUCGGGCGGAUGCCAAGCAGCAGGAGGACAGUUUUGAGAUCUUCAUCUGCCAUGCCAAUGUUAUCCGCUACAUAGUGUGCCGGGCUCUGCAGUUCCCUCCUGAAGGCUGGCUCCGCCUUUCCCUCAACAACGGCAGCAUCACCCACUUGGUAGUUCGGCCUGAUGGCCGAGUAGCGCUCAGGACCCUCGGGGACACGGGAUUCAUGCCUCCUGACAAGAUCUCACGCUCCUGAGGGCUACCUGGGUCCUGCAGUCUACCCCAGCCCAUUGCCCAGCUUUCUUGUGGUGUCUUCCUCACAGGCCAUUCUAGAUACAUUUCAUUUCUCCAGAACAAGGUGGUGGAAAAGAACUACUUAAUGUGUAUUUUAGCACUGAUGGCUCAGGAUGGAAAAGGGAAACAUUCAGCUCAGAUCAUCUCAUCUGUUACCUUCAGGUCUCCCAGGACUGGCCUGUGGGGUUUAAGGAGACUUGUAUUGGGUAUUGGACAAAGGCCUUCACUCAUGGACCUUGCAUUCAAUGUCUUAGGUCAUGGUCACAGCUAGCCAUGAACCUGGAGACUCACUGACAAAGCUCACCAGUGCAAGAGAUGUGCAGUAGUAUAUCUGAGCUUCCACUUAUAUAUUCUAUUUGUGUACACCCUUUGUCAAACUCAAGUAUUUGUCAAAGAUUUUACUCAACUGGCUUCUUGAUUUGAAAACCAGUCUCACACUCCAAAAUUAUGGAGCCCUGUCAGUUAGAUUUGAACUCCACUUUCUGGGCCUUUCCAGCACCUGGAAGCACCUAGGCAGGUGAGACACGGGAGUUAGUAACCAGAGGGGGCCUGUUUUGCUAAAAUAUCUGGCAGCUCAGUCUUAAGUUUGCUUCUUCAGUACUUGGAUUAUGAUACUUUGACAUGAUGUAUACCCCAAAUGUUAACUUCGGAAAACUGUAAUUCCUGUGAAGUGAUUAUAAGCAUUUUGUGCAAUCAGUGCAAUUAGCUGGAAUAUUUGAUCUAUUUCUGUUGUCAACUUUGGAAAUAAUUAUAAAAUAAAAUUUUAUUUUACUGUUU